GCACCAAAGCUCUGCUCCGCAAGGGUACCAAACUCAAAUAACACUCAGUUGGUUCCGAUGCGUCGCGUCACAAUGUGCUCUCACCUAAUCACACGUUACUCACGAUGAUAACAAACACUGUGUUUUAUCAAGUUUAUCAAUUCAAUUAAAUCUCAACCCAAUUACGAAGUUUACUCACGUUGAAUCAUUUCAUUCAAUCUGAAGAUACUGCUCAGAUCAAAUCCUAUCAAACAGGUGUUCUCGGAAAUAUCAUUCAACUGUAUUUUUCAUCAGUAGGCCUUGUUUGUGAUCAUUAUCAACUUUCCUUCAACCCAUGAGUGUUGUAUCUAAUAAGGGAGAUCCAAAUGUGGUGUUCUAAAAGUGUUCUCAAUGUGAUAAGGAACUCGGUGGACUACUGAAGGCUUCAUUUUCUACUAAUCUACAAGAUCUACUUUAAAAGUUUACAAGGGUAUCCUACUGCAAACUGUAUUUUGUGAUACGAUAUCAGAAUGAUCACUCCUGGAGAGAGUCGUCUACUUGCGAACAAUGGUCAACAACACAUCAGUGUCAAAUCCGAAGCAAAAGCUUGCAGUCAGGAAUGUGCUGGAUGUGGGAAACCUAUCGCUGAAAGAUACUUGUUGAAAGCGAUGGAUAUGUUUUGGCAUGAGGACUGUUUGAAAUGUGGCUGCUGUGACUGCCGAUUAGGAGAAGUCGGAUCAACGCUCUACACAAAAGCAAAUCUAAUUUUAUGUAGAAGAGAUUACCUAAGGUUAUUCGGCAGUACUGGACACUGUUCAGCUUGUGCAAAAGUUAUACCUGCCUUUGAAAUGGUUAUGAGGGCGAAGUCAAAUGUCUACCAUUUAGAAUGUUUCGCUUGUCAACAAUGUAAUCAUCGAUUCUGCGUCGGCGAUAGAUUCUACCUGUGUGACAACAAGAUCUUGUGUGAGUAUGAUUAUGAGGAAAGACUAGUCUUUGCAAAUAUGGCAUACAACCCUUCAAGUAUAGCUCAACUAAAGAGGCAGACUACACAGUUGGUGGCACCAGAGAUGAACUCAAAUACAGUUCGAAAUUCAGGUGACUUGAACAACAAUAUGUCUCAACACUCGACUCUCCUCUCAGUCAAAUCAAAUUGUAGUUGACGCAACUGAAGUGCAAAAUAAACUGUUUCAAGUCUAUUUGUAUGAAAGAACGUUUAAGUGAUAUUAUGUGAACUAUGUCUUGUUUUCUAGACUUCAACCUGAAGGGCUUUUUCCCUGACCUUCUGGUCUCCGAUCUUUGUUGUACCUAAGUAGUGGAGGUUGAUGGUAGUCGAACAUUUCCACUACGGUACCUAACGUAAUUAUCAUACAACUUCCAGUUUAACCUCACAUUCAAAAAAAAAAUCCACUGCUCUUCUUCCAUUGGAAUUAUCUCCCAUAAAAUGAAAUUAUAAUCAAUCUACACAAUUAUACUUGUACCACCAUUCACUUCAAAUUAUUUCCAAUGUUCCCCAAAAUAAUCUAUAAAAAAGAAGUGUUAAAAUCACAAUUCAUGCUCAUUAUAGGGCUACCGAUGUACUUUGGCUAUAUGUUAAACAAACUACCUAUAUUGGUUUACUAUUAUUUUACAUAGAUGACAUAUACACCGAUUUUUAAAAGGACAAUCUAAUUCUUUAAGAUUCAUACACGCUGUUGUCUUUUCCUAUAUAUCGUAUAUUAUUAAUUGGUGCUUUAUGUUGACCAAUAAGUGAAGAAUAUUUUCUAUUAUAAUAUAAGCAUGUUACCCUGCUGUCAUAAUGUAUGCUCUAAGAUCUCAGUUUAGAUAAUAUUUUUGCUAGCGGAUGAUUGUCCAAAGUCAUGGUUGAAGUCCAAUCAUUGAAUGUUGAGUACCGAAUAGUGAGUGAUUAAAUCAAGUUCUUACCUCAAUGGCCUUUGUGCAAAAAAUGAUCACUAGCACAAAUGACCACUAUAUUAGUCUUUUUCUGAUAUGCUCCCCUUAUGAGAUUAAAAUUAAGCUAUUUGUUUGUUUCAUAUAAGUACCAGUUCUUGACACUAUUCUCGAUCCUUAACUCUUAACAUAUUAAAUUAUAUUUUCUGCUGGUACAAUCAUAUGAGUUUCAAAAGGAAUGUUUCUCCAGCUACAGCAAGAGCACCGUAUUUAAGUAACUCUAAAAAUAUCUUAUUUUACUUCUGCUUGACAGCUUUAUUAUUUUGAAAUGUUAUCAAUAUAAAAUCGAUACGUUUAUUAAUUUUGCAAAAAUAUAAAUGGGAAGAGAACACAUAAUGAAUAGCAAAAACACAGAUCUGAUCACGUGGAGAAGAGUAUACGUUAAUUAAUAUUUUAAAAUUGAAAAAUUGGCUGAGAUAGUAAGUAAAUUAUACUAUAGAAUAAACAUAGGAAUACAAAUACCUAUGUACAAUAUAAUAAACAUUGUGUAUGGUUAGACUGAAAGCACAAAGGUUUUAAUUUGGUAGAUCACUGUUUUGAGUUUGCUUACACCGAACUUCAGAUCACUCUUUUUAAUACUGGUAAAUAACUCAAUAGUGUUUUCCAACGUUUGGUAGUACAAAAUACCAUAGGCUAUAUCAGUGCGAUAGUUUUCCAUUAAUAAACUUGUCAAUGUGUAUUUUAUUAUAUUUUAUUGAUGCUAAACUUCUUCCAGUUAAAGAAGCAUUCAAUAUAUUAUGCAGAAUGUGUAAAUAAUAUUAUUAUGUGAAUAAGUGAUUUUUGUAAAGCUUGAUAAAUGCAUAUCAUGAUUGUUCACUUUCAAAUAAUUUGUAAGAACUGUACUGUACAUAGAAUGUGUGUAAUAAACCGUGUAUCUCAGA